AUGCUUAUUAAUCGUGGUGCAGAUCUUGAAGCAAGGGAUGAAAUAGGAAGAACCCCUCUUCAUCUUGCAGCGCGUGAGAAUUGUGUAGAAUCAGUUAAAAUUCUUCUGGCACACGGUGCAAAUAUCUUUUCAAGAGAUGAUGAUGGUUGGUGUGCUUUAGACUAUGCAGGAUCAGAAGGAAAUGUCGAAAUUCUCAAUAUAUUGACUUCCCAUAGUUCUUUUAUUAAUUACAGAGAUGUUAUGCUUGUACUCAUGCAAAUGAUGCAUUUCUUUUGA